AAAAAUUUGUGAAUAAACGAUCUAAAUUUAGAACUGCAAUGUUUCCGUCGUUAGUUCUAAUUCGGUAAAUGGAAAUUUUUGAAUGAAAAGGGUCCGAAGAUAGAUCGGUUGGUAUGGCGUUAAUCCACGGCUUGCCGGAGGUCGUAUCUUCUAUUCCAAAAGUGUUGUGAAAUACCAUCGGUCGGUAUCCACAUAUUCACACUGACUAAAAAAUAAGUAAGGCAUAAAACCUAUGUCAUUGCAAUUACCGAUGGUUAAAUGGCGCGGUGAAGGACUACGACCUCAAUCUAAAGGCCCGGCACUAGUUUCUAUUGUUCUCUAAUAGAAACUUGACCGAAAUUUGCUUCCCUUGCAAAAUUUAGGUCAAAACAAGAGCAUCAAACAGCAUACUUACCUUAUUUUGCCAUACAAAUUAAGGCAUAAGUUUUUUCGGGUUGGCAGGGUGACGAUAUCAUUAUCACUGAACAGUCAAAUAUUACCAAAAGUAUUAAUUAUAUAUUAAUUUAUAUAUAUUAAUAAAUUAUAGAUAAGUAUAUAAUAAAUUAUGGGUGCAAAAUAGAAAAUAAAGAAUGUCAAGAAAAAACCAAAGGCCGCCUAAUAACUCUGAAUUGAUAUCUUAUACCUUAAUUAUAUAUAAAAUUAUUCCUUAUUGAAAUGUGCUAUAUUAUAAAAAUAAAUUACUAAAAAUUGCCAUCUACUUAUAUACCUGUACAAAAACAUUUGCUAACAUGGAUCAGUUACCACAAUUUUUUAUAACGUUACAACCUACCAAGAGAAGAUAAGAUAAAAAGUAAAUCAGAUAUCUUAGUUUGCCAUUAAACAUGGACGAAAUUUUGGGAAAUUUAGUACAACCUCAUUACAAAGAACCUUUCUUUUUCAUAAAUUUUAUAAAAUUUAACAGAAAUUUCGUCCAGCUAGCGGACUCAACAGUACAUUUACAGAAAAAAAGUUCCCGGUGUUGGAAAAUUGUGAAUGGAAGUCUAGAAAACAGGGAUCCGCUUACAGAUAACAUAUUUUUCGAUGCCGAAGCCUAUGUACUACAAGUUUUCUUUGAUGUAAAGCUUGAGGAAACCGUUGCAGAGAAAUGGUUGUUAUAUUAUUGGAGAGGGCAAAAUGCUGCAAAAGGUUUUACUCCUCUUCCGCCGAAUGUGGCUGAUGACCAUCCCAUGGAUCGAAUCUGUCAAUGGAGCGAACCAGCAGCAUUUUUCCAAAGUUUUUCAAAACCACUUAUAGUAUUUGCAGGAGAAGAAAAAACAUUUGACACAGGAGGCUGUCACUUAUUAAUUAUAAGGGGUGAACUUAUUAAAGAAAUGCAUCUUAAUGAAGUAUGCUGUGAUAAGAAAAGUUUAAGAAGUAAAGCUUCUUUCUUACUUAUUUCUCCACACGAUAAAGUCUUUAUUUAUUGGCAUGGGCUUCAGACAUCAGAGCAUAAGAGAAGGAUGAUAAUUGAUUCAAAACUUCAUGAAUUAUUGAAAUCUUGCUAUGUGGCUUGGUCCAAUUUCACACAAAUGGAAGUUGAGGAAGGCAGUGAAAAUGAGGUAUUUUCAUCUACACUUACGGGGAAUGUUUCAGAUUAUUACCACCUUCAAACAAAUGUUACUUUUACCCCAAGAUUGUUCUAUUUAAACUCUACAUUAGGGUAUUUUAGUGUAACUGAAAUUGAAAAUCCGCUUCGCACACCAGACAAACUUGCUUCGUUUCCAUUUUUACAAUCGCAUCUUUACUCUGCAGACCAACCAGCUUUUUUUAUUCUUGACAAUGGACAGACUGUAUGGUUAUGGCAAGGUCCACGAACAGAUUUGACUGAGCCAGAUAUCUUUGAAAAGGAUUUUAACAAUGCCAAGACGUUCCUACAUAAGUACGCAAUGAAAAGGGAGGAAAUUCUUGGACAUAGUGUUAUAGUACAUUUUGUUAAUGCCUACCAAGAACCCUUGGAAUUCAAAAAUUUGUUUCCUACUUGGGCAGAUAUUAAAUGAUUGAGGAAGG